CCACCCACCCACACACGCACACGCACACGCACACGCACGCAGGGCCUCGUCCCCAUGAUGUGAGUGCGUGAGAGGUUCCUGCGAGCGAACAAGAAGGCUCGGGGUUUGGCCGCCCGAGAGAGGUGCAGGGUAGUGACAGUAUUGACCCCUUUUGACGCCACCUCUGGAAGGGUAUUACCGCCCCCCGCCCCCCCACACCCCCACCCCGCUCGCUGAAAUAGCAUUAUCAUCAUUACUAUGUGCCAAUCAAUCAAGGUCUACCUGUACUAACAGUUAGCGCGUAUUUUUUAUAUAUAUAUAUAUAUAUCUCCCCCCACCUAUCGGAAACAAAAGAAGGGGGGGAUUCAGUGUCCCCUUUUCUUCCUCCCCCCCUUUUUCCCCUUCCCCCGGUCAUCCCCAUCUACCUUUGGGGACAGACGCCGAAUCAUCGGAUAUAUCAAUUUUUUCCUCUGUCCGACGCUCACGAACCUAGUCACACUGAAGGAACUUAUUAUAAAGCAGAUGUCCUCGACCAAGGUGGGAGGGAAGAUGGCGAGGCGUCGUCGCGGCUCCUCAGGCUCCGGCGGCGGCUGUGAGGAAGGGCUCAAGAACAACAAGAAGGACAAGGACAAAGGGCAGAGCGAGAGCAUCGUCCGCUACAGCAACAACAGCGGCGGCGGCGGCGGCGGCGGCGACGAGGCCAACACGAUAACGACCACGACGACCACCGCCACGGACUUCACCGCCGCGACCACGACCACCACAGUGAAGAUAUCGAGCGCGGCGUCCACGGACGCGGCCGCCACCUCCCUGGGCGCCGGACUCACCCGAGCGCAGCCGAGCGGAGGGGGCGCUGGAGGAGGAGGAGGAGGAGGAGGAGGAGGCGCAGGAGGAGGAGGAGGAGGCGCAGGAGGAGGAGCAGGAGGAGGAGCAGGAGGCGAGGCGGUGCCCACGACAGGCAGCACCUCCGCCUCGGGUACAACGACGGCCGGGCGGGGCAACAACCACCAGCGCUCAAGAAGGUGUUGCUUUCUAUGGUGCUGCUGCUGUCGCUGUUCAUGUUUAAAUGUGAAAAACCCAGACGAUCCCCUAUUGCGUCCUGGGGGGACCUUAGUUAAUGGAGAUGAACCGCCACCGACGAUAGAGGAGAUUCGGGCGUGGAGCGAUUCUUUCGAUAAAUUAAUGAAGUGUUCAGGUCUCGCUGGACUCUCGCGUGAGAGAGAUCAUCAACCGCAACAUGGUGGACCCGACUCCGCACACCUUCGACGAGGCUCAGACGCAGAUCUACACCCUCAUGCACAGAGACUCCUAUCCACGCUUCAUCAACUCAGCUAUAUACAAACGACUCGCACAACUCAAUAAUAAUGGGAGCAGCAGCAGCAGCAGAAAAGAGAGUUCUACAUAGGGCGUGUCUCUUUCUCAUUAAAUGUCUUUUAUAUCUUUCUCUCCCUCUAUCUCUAUCUGUCUAUCUUUAUAUCUAUAUGUCUAUCUAUCUCACUCGCACACUCUCACUUCGCCCAUUUUUUUCUCAAAUGUACUCCUCCACACACAAAAAGACUCAACGUUGCAACUCCAGAAGAAAUACUUUAGUCUGUGCUCUCUCUCUCAGCGACCUCGUAAUGCUCCGUUUUCCUUUAUCUCAGAUGGGGACCAGGAAUACAUAGAAAGCGUAUGUGUUAUGUAUGUGUUAAAAUGAAAACCGGGAUAGGGGUUCUGCGGUGGUCACAAUCAAAGGUGGAGAGCUGUAAUUAUAUAAGUUUGUAAGUAAAUACUUAAGCUUCAACAUUUGUAAGUACGUUCGUGGAUACCUAUGCUCCAGUGCUCGUCAUUCUUAAGCGCACAGACACCGCAAGUUGUGUGAUAAAGUUGAGCUCAAGUGUGAGCCAGACCAAUUGCUUGAUAUAGUGUAGAUGUUGUUGUUUUUCAUCAUUUUUGUACAUCCUAGGUUGUGCUACUAUUUGUUAUUCAAGAGGCAUAAAUCAGGCACUAUAAUAGGGGUCGUAACACAAAGACAAAAUCAGCAUGGAAGUGAAAAUCCGCAGGAUGACACCAUUGGUUCAAACUCUACGAAAAAAGACAUACUGUACAUUUUGGCUCCUGUGAGUUUUCUUUCAAUCAAGAUUUGCUGCUCAGUUAAUCUUUCUUGAAAGCUUACAGAGUAGCGACAGAAAUGUCAUCUUGUCAGAAGAAAAUACAAAAAAAGAAGUUAGAAAAAAAUAGAUAAAACAGUACAAAUGCGUUUUGAGCGACAAGAGUAAGAAAAAAAUAACGAAGAACUUGUGUCCAAAGUCAACUGCCAAUAAUGUUCUUUGCGCAAAGGAUUAGCAGAUUAGAUUACCGUUCUCCCUCUGGGUAACGAACGCAAGACGCAUUAAUUGUAAAUGAAGAUUUAUGUAAGAAUAUUAAACUUUUUUAAUAAGGACU